CAUAAGAGGACACAGAGGAGGAGGAGGAGGAGGAGGAGGAGCAGGAGCAGGGUCAACCAUGGAGCUGUAGGGACACGCUCAGAUGCCCGUGCGGAUCACCAGUGGAGGAGGAGUGCAGCUGAGGAGAAGAGCUCUGCAAUGAACAAGACCAAGAGGAAGCCCAAUGGAGAGAGCCGGAAGCUGGUCCAGCGGAGGAGGAAUACAUGUCCCAGUCCUCAUGACAUCACCCGGGCCUUGCAGAGCCCCAGCUCUGCUCCCAGCGCCAGUGCUGCCAGCCUGGAUGAGCUCAUACAGCGCUGCCUGAACUGCUUCGAUCCCGAGGGGAAGCUUUCCAGCCCCAGAGGGUCCCAGCUGGUCCACAUGACACUGAUGAUGCACAGUUGGGUCGUGCCAUCUCAGAAGUUCGCCCAGAAACUUCUCACCCUUUAUAAGGAUUGUCCCUCGGAUAAGAGGGGACUGAAGCGGACUCAGAUCUGUCACCUUAUCAGGCAGUGGAUCAGCCAGUUCCCGGCGGUGUUCGAGGCCGACCCCCUCCUUGAGCAGACCAUGGGGGACCUGUGGGCGCUGGUCCGGUCAGACGGAGAGGAGGCGCACUCGCAGCUCAUCGACACCCCCUGCUUAGGCCCUCAUGUGAACAUAUUCCAGGCACCCUCGCCGUCUGUGAAGAAGAGGAAAGUGUCUUUGAUCUUCGACCACAUGGAGCCACAUGAGAUGGCUGAACACCUCAGCUACCUGGAGUUCAAGAACUUCUGCAAUGUUUCAUUCAUGGACUAUCGCAGCUACGUAGUGCGAGGCUCGGUGAGGGACAACCCUGCUCUGGAGCGGUCGGUCAUGAUGUGUAAUGGAGUCUCCCAGUGGGUGCAGCUGAUGAUCCUCAGCAGACACACGGCCCAGCAGAGAGCACAGGUCUUCACUAAGUUCAUUCAUGUGGCUCAGAAACUUCGAGUUCUGCAAAACUUUAACACUCUAAUGGCAGUGACUGGAGGCCUCUGCCACAGCUCGAUCUCCCGCCUCAAAGACACCUCUAACCUGCUGACUCCCGACAUCACUAAGGCCCUGAGUGAGAUGACAGAGCUGCUCUCCUCACGCAGCAACUACAUCAACUACCGACGGGUUUACAACGAGUGCAGCGGCUUCAAGGUGCCCAUCCUGGGCGUCCACCUGAAGGAUCUGAUCUCGCUGAAUGAGGCCCUCCCGGACUACAUCGACGAUGACAAGAUCAACCUGAGCAAGUUGCAGCACCUGUACAGCAACAUCAACGACCUGGUGGCCAUUCACAGUUGCACGCCGCCCUUCGAGGCCAACAAAGACCUUCUGCAUCUGCUCACGCUCUCUCUAGAUUUAUACUACACUGAGGAUGAGAUAUAUGAACUUUCAUACAACAAAGAACCCAAGAACACCAAGAUCCAGGCUGUAGCUCCAGUGAAACCGCCCGUUGUGGCAGAGUGGGGUUCAGGGGUCAACCCCAGGCUCGACCCUGACACCAUAUCUAAACAUGUCAAACAGAUGGUGGAUUCCAUAAUGAAAAAUUACGACCUGAACCAGGAUGGUUACAUUUCACUGGAGGACUUUGAGAAAAUAGCAGCCAACUUCCCCUUCUCCUUCUGCACUCAUGAAACUGACAGGGAGGGACAAAUCAGCCGUGAAGAAAUCACGUCUUACUUCAUAAGGGGAAUGUCUAUAUGUGCCAAGCUGGGCUACAACUUCAACACACACAACUUCCAUGAGACCACGUAUAAACGGCCGACGUUUUGCGAGACUUGUGGAGGCUUUCUGUGGGGAGUCAUCAAACAGGGCUACCACUGUAAAGACUGUGGGAUAAACUGUCACAGACACUGUAGAGAUCUGGUGGGAAUAGAGUGCUUGAAGAAACAUAAAAACACAACUGGAUCCUGCCCGUGCACCCCGGCCCCCGACUCCAGAAUCAAGGGUAACAGCUGGAAUAUAGAGGAGGAGGCCUUUGUUUUUCCCCAAAGUCACGAGACAGAAAACAACCAGCGCACCUCUCUUUGGGAAAAUAACACAGGUGACGCCACGCUGUCGGACCGCUCCACUCAGACAGAUCCUGGAGAGUGGACACCUGAGAAAAAGGACAGGAGGGGAAACCACCACAACUCUCUUGUAUAUGCAUCUCCAGAGAGAAAGAUGAGAAAGGACGUGAGUCCAUGCAAGGUCAACACACUGCCACAGAGAACCCGAGGAUGCUCCAUGCCCGUUUCCUUCUUGCAGGAGAAGAUGGAGGAGCUGCAUCUCUACAAAGACAAGAGCAGAGAGCCCGACUGAGCGCUGCAUCUCCAAUGACAAUUCUCACUCAUGGACAAAAACAUCCAGACACCAGCAAGUUUCUGACAAAGCUGUGUCUGACUGGUGUUGAACUGAUGAGAUGCACUGGCCAUUCACAUCAGAAUGCCAGCAAUUAUAUGUAUGGACUCCCUCAAGUAUGGUUAUGACGUUUUUAUUUUAUUUUUGUCAGUCUUGAUUGUUUGGCUAAUUAUUUAGGCUUCAAACAUGGAUUGUGCUACUGUAAUUUAUCAACACCUCAUUUUGUUAUUAGAACAGGUGCCUUGGUUCUCUGGUGCUAAGAUUCAACCUCAUCCAGGUCAUUUACAACAGACACAAUGGUUUCCUGGUCCUAUUCACACAUAACAUAUGCAGGGUAGGAAAUGAACACUAACCUUUUAAAUGUUAUCUUUGGCAGCUAUAUGACAACUCUGCUCAUGAAUUUGGAAAGUAAGCCUGCAAAACAUUAGAAUUGUUGCUUGUUUGACUUAGGGUGAUAUGAAGAUGUACGAGUCAACCAGUGGAUAUAGCUAUACCGUGAAUAAGGUAUUAUUCCUAUAAUAUCUCUGGCUAUAUUUGCCCAGACAAUUUAGCAAAUUACUGAAGCCCUUUCUUUGUGGCAAUAUUGGAUCUACUGGAUUUUUGCAUGUAAUUAUCUACAUUGACAUUUCCAUCUGGUUAGUGCUUUUGCUUUUCAGGAAAUGCAAAAAACUUUUUUUUUAUCACAACCACAAAUAGAAAAAUGACUGAUACUGUGAUAAAAGACUUUGUCCUUAUCUCCCACCCCUAGUUUGGUGAAUAUUGAAAGGAGCUUGUGGAGUCUAAAUCACAAUCCACCGCAACCAGCAGCGGAAAACGUUUAUUUCCUGCCCUGACAACAUUUUUGACUUUCAACAGUUGAUUCAAGGUUCAGCAGGACUGACAUGUUUAACUAAAUGCUUCUCCAUUUGUCGACAAUGUCAAUCUUGUUGAGAAUAAGAUACACCAACAAUGAUAAUCGUGCAGUAUGUGUUGUGUUUGAGUGAAUUCACUGGCAGAAGAAAAGAGAGAUGACAUCACCAGGCGUAUACAAUUGCAUUUAUUGUAUAAAGACAGAAGACAGCUCGGGUAACUGGUCAUUAUCAGAUUUUCAUUUUCAUUUUAAGGUAGAAAAAAAUGAGUUUGACAACUGGAUUUAACUACAGGACUCAAUGAACGGCAAUCACAAAG